UGUCCAAAGCCCAGAGAAACCGAAAUUAGGACUGAAUGUUAUGACUGGAGGCUGAGAAACCACGUGACAUGGUGUAGUGGAAACUCCAACUCCCAGCUUGCUUUUCGGCUUAGCUUGCGCUUGGUCCGCCAGAACGUGUGUGAGAUAUCCAUACGCCGCGAAUGUAUCUCCGCAAGGCUCUCAUAGCCGGUGGCUCUGCGGCUGCAGCGGCGGCAGCUAUUCUGGGCGCAGCAGCGGUAGGCAAAAGCAAAGGAGGACCCGACUUGGAUAUUCUAUCCGUGGUGCCAGCGGCAACUGGGCAGUGGGACCGAAACUGGGACCGUCGGGAGCCAAUCUCUAUGGUCAACUUGAGUAAGAUCAAUGGGGAGACUGGGGAAGAGGAGCUCCAGCUUCAUUUAAACAAGCACAAGCCGAAAGCCACUCGUCACAUUUUCCUGAUCCGACACUCUCAGUACAAGCUGGAUGGGAAAACUGACUUUGACAGGGUCCUGACACCUCUUGGGCGCGAGCAGGCAGAUCUAACAGGGAAGCGACUGUCAAGUUUAGGAUUUAAAUACAACCACAUUGUGUACUCGACAAUGACAAGAGCAAAAGAGACAACAGAGAUCAUUAGCAAAUACCUGCCAGAUGUAAAGAAAUCCAGCUCUGAUUUACUUCGGGAAGGAGCUCCCAUCAGACCUGAACCCCAGGUCUGUCACUGGAAGCCGGAUUUUGUGCAGUAUUAUGAGGAUGGCUCGCGGAUUGAGGCUGCAUUUAGACACUUCAUUCAUCGUGCUGAUCCCAAGCAGGAAGCAGACAGUUAUGAGAUCCUGAUCUGCCAUGCCAAUGUUAUUCGCUAUAUAGUUUGCAGAGCUUUACAGUUGCCCCCUGAGGCUUGGCUUCGAAUGUCUCUUAAUAAUGGCAGCAUCAGUUACCUGGUAAUCCGCCCCAAUGGCAACGUCUCGCUUAGGAUGCUCGGCGACUCUGGGUUUAUGCCUCCUGAAAAAAUUAGCCGGACAUGAGUGGCAUCCCCUUCGUUAAAGCUUCUCCACUGCCUGCCAAGCAGAUUCCUAUAAGACGUUUAAUGCUGCAACUGUUACCAGCAUCUUGCCCACUCUGUGCCUUUUUUCUUGGGCUGGGCUGAAGUUAAACAUUCCUUUGUCAAUCCUUUCCAUUGCUGGAGAGAGCGCAAGUAUUUUCUACUGUAUAUAUAUCCAGUAUGGACAGACGUUCUCAAAGGGCAGAUAUCAAAGAAAAAACUGCCAGGUAUUAAAUGCUCCAUGACAUCCGGUUCGGCAGAGUAUUCUUUGCAAAGAAAACUACAGCACUGUAGUUAGCAUGGCUAAGUAGUAUGCCCCAAAGCUGUACCCUGUAACAUAACAAACUGACUGUGCAUAACUAGCUAAUUAACAAAAAUGAUGUGGCCUAUGUAUUAUAAAGCAUUGUGGUUAAUAUAUUAUAAGCCAAUGUUUUAAAAGGUGCACAAAAACCCACAGGAAAAAAGAAAAAGUCAUUGCAAUGUUUAGUUAUCUAUGAUAAAUAGGACAACAUUUGUGUAUCGUUUAUAGCUGUUGAAAAAACAACAUUUCCUAUAUACCUAAGCUUCUGUACAUCAAAGGUCAGGUCCCUGCCUGAAGGGAUCAUUUCAUUAUUCUGCUCUAUGAUAAAGAAUGCGGCAGCUUUUCCAGAAAGGGGUGAAGCACUGUAGUUGUUUGUUAUACAGAAUAUUGUUGUUGUGCUGGCAGUGCAAGGUAUUUUUGCUACUAUUAAGGGCUGAACAUUCAGAACAAAAUAUUUCUGUGUACCUUUUAAGAAACUUAAAUCUUUUUCCAUGUCUCUGAAAAAUGCAUGUUUAGUUCAGAGACAGAAGAUUGUUGUCAUUUUCUUUUGUGGCACAGAAAUUCAGCAUCUCAGGAGUUAAGCCUUUUGGGUUAGUAAUCAUUCAGGUAUAGUCUGCUUUUUAAUGAUUUCAUUUUUUUCUGCAUGGAAAGAACUAUUAAUUAUCCAGUUCAGUUAAACAUGAACCUUGUAGAGUAAUUAGCUGAAUUAUGAUUAGGAACAUUAGGGUAGCAUUUAGUUUUAGUGACAGAUUUUAGUGUUGUUGUGUCCCACUGAUUCUCUCAGUUGUACUGAGCUGGGACAGAGGGAUACAAUGAUCAUCUGAAAGAAUUGACUUUACAGGUUAAAUAAAGGAUAUCUGCUUUCUUGGGGGACCAUAACUCCCCUGCUGGGCUUAUUGGGCGUUCCCCCGUGUCUAAAUAAAACACCAGUUUGCUAAGCAUGUGCUAACUUUAUAUUUUGUGAAAUAUUGUUGAAGAAAGAUAUGUUUCACUUUGAAAGUAAAUGGAAGUUUUAAUAUUUUCAAUAAACUUGAACUGUGAAUGAA